GUUAUGUUUUUCAUUACCUGUUUUCUAGUUUUAUUCUUCCUAUUUUGUUUUUUCUAUAACCAAUUGACUUCUUCAAAUUGAAUUGAAGGACUUAAUUUGAAACUUAACCUAGUUUUUACGAUCCGAUUCAUUUUACGACUUAAUCAUGAAAGAUAUUUAAUUUUAAUUGAAUUUUCUAACUUAUUCUUGAUUGUGCCUUAAAAUUUGUGCCCUAGUCAUCUUGCUUGUGGUGUAUAGUUGAUUCUAUGUUUUUUUAAAUUAUUUUUUUUGUCGGCGUUGUAAAAAUUGACGAGAAGUUCCCCUUAAUAGUUUUGUUCAUGGAAUUUGUAUAGUUGGGAUUCUGUUAUUUUUUUCGGGAAUGUGAUAUUUCUUGCAAUUAGGGAUAUCUCCAGAUUUUGGAUUAAUUAGGGAUUUGUAUUUGCUGUGAUAUGCAAAUCAAAAUAUUCUCCCUCUGUCCAAAAUAAUAAAAUCUAAGUACAAAUGAAUAGAAAAUGAGAAAUGAGUGGAUCAUAUGAAAAUAUACCUUAAAUGUGUGGACAAGAGUUAAAAGCAAGAGCAUGGAUCAUGGUCAAAAAUAUAAAUGAGUCAAAUUAAGUGGAACAAACUAAAAAAUAAGGCUAAUUCAUUGGGAUAAAGAGAAUAUGUUUUUACCCAUAUUACGAUUGAUUGACUGAAUGACUGUCCAUGACUAUUGGGAUUGAUUCAUUGGUUGAUGUAGCCUACUCCAAUUUUAUGAAAUUAAGAAUUUGUCAUUGUUGUGCAUUUAAUGACCGUCCAACUUUAUCCUGACUCACUGUCUUUGUGGUCAGGCGAAUAUUUUUCUUUGAUUGAGGGAGUAUAAGGAUGUUGAAAUAUUUUGCUAUGAAUGUUCUGUUGUUUCCUCACGAAUAAUCAAACUUAGCUUAUGUGUUUGGCAUACUGGUGCACAAGUGGUAUUUGUUCUGUAUAUUUUUGAAAACUGCUGCUUUUUGAGGUUUCUUCAUUGGAUUGGUUGAAAUGUCUGAAUUAGUUGAAAGGUCUUGUGACAUAAUCUUGUGAAGUUUGAACAGCUUAAGAGUGAGGUGAGUUUGUUUUCCAUGGAUAAAGGAGUCCCGCCUAGCUUGUUUGCCAAUGAUGGCUCAUUUAUGGAGAGGUUUAAACAACUUCAGCAAGAGAAGAAAAGUGAUAAUGUUGAGGAUUCUAGACAGACAACAAAUGUAUCAAGGAGUUCAACUCCGAACUCCUCUAGUGUAAAAAUCGGUGUGGAUGUUACGAAUAAUAAUCGACGGAAGCCUACUACAGCUUCUUCAGGUGGUAAGCUUGCGUUUAGCUUGAAGCAGAAAUCAAAGCUUGCGGUUCCUUCUGUCAAGUUGAGUGAAGAUGAAGAAGAUGUAGAUUCAGGAAAUGCAUCUGAUGGAGUUUCUGCAAAGCGGCAGAGAUUGAAUCAACCACAUAUAUCUUCUGUGUCAUCCAGAAAAUUUGAUGUUGCACCUCCUUCACCAAGUGAUCCUGCAGUGAAGAUAGCUGCAGACAGGCUAGCAAGUUUUGUGGCUAAAAAGGGAAGGCAAAUUGAGGCUAUUACCCGCCAGAAGAACCCAGGGAAUACUCCUUUCAGAUUUCUGUUUGAUGAAGACUGUAUAGAAUACAAGUACUAUGAAUUUCGUAUUCAAGAAGAGAAGAAAGCACUAGCACCAAGCAAAGAUUUGCAAACUACACCUAGUGGUGAUAUGACUGCUUCAGCGAGCAGUGUUCAUCAAAAGUCAAGUAAUGUGAAUUUGCACACGCCUGCUACUACUUUGUGUGAAGUACAUGAAGCCAGUUCAAUCCAGACAACAUCUGCUAGAAGUGAAUUUGUGUUUGCAGGAGAAUCAUGUUCAUCUGUUUCUGGAUCAGAUCCUAUAGCCAUGAUGGAAUAUUACAUGAAGAAAGCGGCAGCCGAGGAGAGGAAAAGACCACCUAAACAAUCACAAGAUGAAAUGCCUCCCCCAGCUUCUCUUCAUGUGCAAGCUUCUGGAAAGAAAGGUCAUCACAUGGGAGAUUACAUACCACCCGAAGAGUUGGAGAACUUUUUGGCUAAAUGUAAUGAUGCUGCCGUACAAAAAGCUGCGAAGGAGGCUGCUGAUAAGGCAAAAAUACAAGCUGAUAAUGUUGGCCAUAAGCUUUUGUCGAAAAUGGGUUGGAAAGAAGGUGAGGGCCUGGGAAGUUCUAGGAAAGGCAUUGCAGAUCCUAUUUCGGCUGGAAAUGUGAAAAAAGACCAUUUGGGUGUUGGUGCGCAGCAACCGGGUGAGGUCACUCCUGAUGAUGACAUAUAUGAACAGUACAAGAAGCGUAUGAUGCUUGGAUAUCGUCACAGACCAAACCCUCUGAACAACCCGCGGAAAUCAUAUUACUGAAGAAUUGUAGCCACUAAUUGUUACCAGGGAGUUGAGUAUUAUUUUGUGUUUGAAAGAAUUUUAGUUGAAAUGAAAUGCUAAAUACAAGAAUCAUUGUUUUAUUUGCAAGUGGUUGGAUUGAAGAAUGGGUCACCAGUUUACGAUUUGGUCCAUUGAGAGGAUCGUUACAAUAGAUGUCUAUUGUCGAUUUCUGUAAGGAAACCUUAACAAGGUUUACGACCAAAAAAUAACUGGAAUUAUAAGGGACACAAAAAAUAGUUUGCAAUGAAGAACUUUUUA